CUCCUCUCCGUCGGCGGCGCGGCGCGUUCGCCAGCAGAAGCCUCGUCUCACGCGCGGCUCGUGACGUGUUUUUUUGUUGUUGUUCGGUGGUGACGUCAUCGCAGGUACGUCCACCUUCUCCUCUGACUUGUAGUUUUAUGUAAAUGUGUUUGUUAUAGAUACAUAAAGGCGGGGGUUUGAUGGUGAAGCUAAGUCCAUGCUAGGUGGCUAACAAGAUGGCGGAACAACAACAGGGAGGAGGAGGAGGAGGAGGAAGAAGAGGAAGAGGAUGACGUUCAGCUAGCAGACCUGAGAGCAAACAGACCGGGUCAGACCGGGACAGAGAGGACAGCAUGCCGAGGAGGAAGCAGGCCAACCCGCAGCCGGUGAAACUGGAGUCGGAGGAUGGGGUGGUGCUGUGCGAUCCGGACUGUUUGGUUCUGGAGAGCGACUUCCUGCUGGGCAGCGAGCUAGAGUUUGGAGACUCCGACAUCAUGGGGCUGGAUCGAGAGUCAGGUUUGACGGUGUUCUCUCUGAGCGUUGAUGACGACGACCCCUCAGCACCAACAGACUCCACCUUCCCAGCUUUCCUCUCCUGUAGACGAUGUGGCCGACUGCUGGGAGACACGGCUCUGGGAGUGAGUCUAGAUCUGGGUGUGGGCCUGGACCUGGGGGCGGAGCUUUACUGCCUCACCUGUGAGGAAGGCUUCCAGCAUGAAGCCUCUUCUCAGGUGGAGGGAUCGAUGGAGGCUGACGGAAACGGCGCCGAUGACUCGGACAGGAAUAAGAGCGGCGACCCCCCUCCCAAAGUGUUCUCCUGCUCGCUGUGCACCUUCACCUCGCGCUACUCCAACCACCUGAAGCGCCACAUGAGGACCCACGACGGCCACAAGCCGUACCGCUGCCCCGCCUGCCCCUACGCCUCGGCGCAGCUGGUCAACCUGCAGCGCCACGCCCGCACCCACACCGGGGAGAAACCGUACCGCUGCCACCUGUGCAGCUACGCCUGCAGCUCCCUCGGCAACCUGCAGAGGCACCAGCGCAUGCACACGCAGGAGAGGCCGCAGAGGAGGGAGAAAGAGAAGAGGCGAGGGAGGAGGAAAAGAGGAAACACUGCAAGUGAGGAAGUGGUAUCAGACCUGACCCUGAGAGUGUCCCAGGACUCGGGUUACUUCCAGACGUUGGGCGGCCUCGGCUCUCCCUCUGCCCCCCUCCCCGUCCUCCUCUUCCCCCUCUGCUGCCGGAUGUGUGGCCUCACCCUGGAGGAGGCCGACCUGGAGGGGGACAAAGGGGACGGGGAGGGAGACGCGGGACAGGUGUGUCGUCGCUGCUCGUUGGACCUCCCCUCUCAAGAUGGAUCCGGGUCUCCGCUCAGCCCGCCAGUGUCUCGGGGCUCCCGGCGGGGUCAGCGCGGCGCCAAGCUGUACCGCUGCCCUCACUGCCCCUUCCUGUCCCACUACCCCAACCACCUGGCUCGCCACGCCCACACCCACUCCGAGGAGAAACCCCACCGCUGCCCUCACUGCCCCUACACCUCCUCGCACCUCGACAACCUGAAGCGCCACCUGCGCGUGCACACAGGCGAGAAACCCUACCAGUGCCCGUCCUGCAGCUACGCCUGCGGGAACCUCGCCAACCUGCGGCGCCACGAGCGCAUCCACUCGGGCGCCAAGCCCUUCCACUGCGGCGUGUGCGGCUACUCCUGCAACCAGAGCAUGAACCUGAAGAGGCACAUGCUGCGGCACACGGGCGAGAAGCCGUACGCCUGCGCCGAGUGCGACUACACCACGGGCCACUGGGACAACUACAAACGCCACCAGAGGAAACACGGGCACAACACGGACAGCUGGGACAAACACGCCCCCACCAACGGCCUCAGCUGGGGCCCAGACUCUCAGGAGGGCCAGGGUCAGGAGCACAGCUAGUGUGUGUGUGUGUGUGUGUGUGUGUGAGUGUGAGAGAGAGUGUGUGUGUGUUGAUGUGUGUAGUAUACACUGGUGAACUUCCAGCUCAGGUUGGAGACAAACUCGGGUGCCUUUUGACGGACUGAACGACUGUGACGCUGCCUUGACUUUGUGAGAUAAGGGGCAUUAAUGUGUGUGUGUGUGUGUGUCACAUCACACACACUUUGAAGCAGUGAUCACUCUUCAGUCCACAGACAUCUCAUCUGUCACCAUGUGACUUCUUCUACCAGCCAAACUGAUCUGCUGAUUUUCAAAUGCUUCUUUUCUUUGUCCUCUGACAGAUGAUCUAUAUUUUUAAAAUGUGGAUGGAUCAUUUUUUCACAAGCUUUAAGUUAAUCUGUUUGUUUUCUUUUAAUGCUGUAAAGAUUGGACUCUUCAGGUGUUUGGUGGGAUUCCUGUGCAGGUUUAUUCUGGGGUGAUGGAAGAAAUACAGAGAAACAGAAUGUUUAUCUGCUGUAAAAUGUUAGUGAGGCGUUGUUUUAGGGCCACUCAGGAAAAAACAGGAGCUGAGAUAAUGAGAAUAAAACAUUAUAUUUUGUACUUUUUACCUUAACAUUCUGGUUUUAUUCUCAUAACAUUGUGGCCUUAUUCUCAUAAAAUAAUAACCUUUUUCUCUUCAAAUUAUUACUUUAUUGUCAUAACAUCGUGGCCUUUUUUCUCUUUAAGUAUUCUAACUCUUAACACCAAAUUAUCUUUUAGUUUUUUUUAACGAGUGGCCCUAAUAACAUUUAAAAAGAUUCAUAAUGUUUGAAAAUGAGUCCUCGUUUUCGUGUAAUUUCUCCAGAAUGUUGAAAGUGAAGCAAACAUGAUCAAAAGGCUUAUAAAUUAUGCUUUUAUUUCAAAUCACGCUUUUAUUUACAGACUGUUCAUCCUGGAAGAUGAGAGAUUUAAAAAUGGAAAUGCACAGGAGCGCUGCUGUCUGAAUGAGACGCUGCUGUUCAGGAGGAAUCUGAUGCCUUUUUUUGUCAAAUCCAGAUCAUUAAGCCUUUGAUUUCAUUUUCAGAGAGGAUUUAUUAGCAUAAAAAUCUGCCUGUUUAUCUCUCAGACAUCAACAAUUCAGGGACGCUUAGAAAUAAAUGAAAGAACUUAUGUUUAUUAAACUGUGAAAUG